AUGAGAGCUUUCACUAGAGUAACAAGAUUUGCCCCAAGAUCAGCCGUCGCUUCACAGCUCGCUUUUAGACCAGUGAACGCCACAUUUGCCAACACCAGAUUGGGUUUAAGGUCAUACGCUGAUGAUGUGAAACCUGAAACUGAGGAGGCAAAGCAGUCGGCAGCUAAAGAGACUGACUCUUUGACUGAAGAACAAAAGAUGAUCAAGGAACUAGAAGCUAAGGUCGAAAAGAAGGACAAAGAAGCUGUUGAGUUGAAGGAUAGACUAUUGAGAUCAGUGGCAGACUUUAGAAACUUGCAAGAAGUUACCAAGAAGGAUAUUCAGAAAGCUAAGGAUUUUGCUUUACAAAAAUUUGCAAAGGACCUAUUGGAAUCUGUGGACAACUUCGGUCAUGCCUUGAACGCCUUCAAGGAAGAAGACGCAGCAAAGAACCAAGAAAUUAAUGAUCUUUACACCGGUGUCAAGAUGACCAGAGACGUUUUUGAGAAGACUUUGAAGAAGCAUGGUAUCGAAAAACUGGAUCCAAUCGGCGAACAAUUCGACCCUAACAAGCAUGAGGCCACUUUUGAGCUACCACAACCAGACAAGGAACCGGGCUCUGUUUUCCACGUUCAGCAAGUGGGUUUUACUCUAAACAAUAGAGUUAUCAGACCUGCAAAGGUCGGUAUUGUCAAGUCCGCCGAUAAUUAA